CUGGGGCUGUGGGGAGCAUCCCCGAUACAUUAGAGAUCCCAGUCAGCUUGAGAUGACAGGGAUGCUUCGGGAGAAUAUGAGCCUCAUUUGUGAUGACCGGGGGCUGGGAGUUUCAGAGUCAGUAAUGAGAUUGUUGAAGACACUCGAUCACGGUCUGAGUCCCCAGCCAGGAAGGAAUGGCCUGAGCUCUGUGGCAGGGACAAUGAGAGAACAAGGAGACUGACAGCCAUUGAGAGUGUUGAUCUGGGAGCCCAGAGGCUGGCCUGUGUGACGUCAAGUGGCUGUCUUCUGCUUCCCAUUGACCCAACACUGACACCCAGCGCUCUGGCCUCCUAGACCCAGCAGGAGAAGCAAGGGCCUCCUUGGGUAGUGGACUGCGGCUCCAGCCAUCCCGACUGAGGUUCACAGGUCUUGGGGUGACUCACUGACAGCCUCUGACCCUUCACUAUGGAGGACACUGCAGGCUGCUGUCACAGAGCAUGGGAGUUGUGUGGGUGCAAACCCUACACCUUUAAUCUCUGUAGAAGGCCAGAGGAGGGCCCUCCCUCUGCCUGGAGAUCUUGACCUCUUAUCCCUAAAGUCAGGGCCCUUCCCUCAAGCGAGUCAGUCCCACAGCUCCUCAGCCUCCACCCACUCUUCCUGCAGGGCCUCCCCUCAAACAGCCUCUGGCCUUGCUCUGGGUUGAGAAGCUAGUCCAAACAGGCCUCUCCCACAUUCCCUGGCUGCUCUCCAGCCUGCGAGAGCCGAGAGAACCUUAACUUCAGGGACUGUGAGGGCCGAGCAGAGGCUGCUAAAGGGAGCCACCGAGUGAAGGGGGACCCUCUGGCUUCCAGAUGUUAGGCCUUCUGGGGAACACAACCCUCGUGGGCUGGAUCACAGGCAUUGUGCUGGCUCUCUUAAUGCUGGUUAUGCUGUUGGCCGUCUGUCUUUUCCACAGAUCACGGGAGCAUGACGUGGAGAGAAACCGAGUCCGGCAAACCCGGCCUCGACUCUUCCAUGGCCGGCGCCUGGGUCUCCUGGGAGUCUCUCACCAUCACCGUGGCCAUGUGUCUGGGGUGACCAGUGUAGGCUUUCAUCACCACCGCCAGCACCUCCACCGCCAGCAUCACCGUUCUCCCCAUCGUCUCCACCACCACCACCACCAUGCUCGCGGAGCCCGCCACUGAGGCCAAUGGAUGAGACCUGAGAACCACUGCAGGGCUUGGGCUUGGAGCAGGGCUGGCUGGACACCCUACCUUGUGACUUCAAUUCCUGGUGACCCCGGAAGUAACAAGGGUGUCUGGUAGAACCAGUGCCCCAGUGGAUACGAAGUGCUCGUCUGAGUGGGAAGGCCCUGGGAUGUCCUUCAAGGGGCAGAAUGUGGGAUGUCCUUCAAGUGGGACAGCCUGGCCCAUACAUUGUUCAUCCAAACAUUCAGUGUUGCUUGGCUAUAAGAAAUAAAAGCCACCAGAAAGCA